AUGUACACAAGAAGCUUCGGGUACGGUAGCCAAAGCUAUGGCCAUUACAACCCUCAGUACCACAUUCCACAGCAAAACUCACCGCACCAUCCAUCGUAUCAACCGUACAUUUAUAACGCUCCCCGUUACGGAUUUAACGCGUUCACUCGCGCCAACCCAGCUCCGUUCAACCACAUUUCACCAUCACCUUCGGCGAUUCAUUACCCAGGAGAAUCGCGCAUGCCAGACCUUGCAGGUCCAAGACAAAGCUACGAAGCGCACUGCCAUUACUACUCGCCUCCUUCCCUUCCUCCGCAGCCUGUUACUCAGCCGCCAGAGCCAGCGAAUCAGAGAGAGAAGGAAGCAGACAACGGCUUAAACGAAGGAAGCGCCAGCGAGAAAUUAGCGGAGAAUUGCUACCCAGAUUCACCUUCUUCGGAGGAAAAAACGAGAGCAUCCACUGACAGCAAGAAGCGGAAAGAAAGAACAGCUUUCACGAAACAUCAGCUCGAAGAGCUUGAAAACGAAUUUCUUCGCAACAAUUACCUGACAAGAUUGCGGCGGUACGAGAUUGCGGUGAGUUUGGACUUGACCGAGAGACAGAUAAAGGUUUGGUUUCAAAAUAGACGAAUGAAGUGGAAGCGAAUCAAGGGCAAACCGCUCCAAAAGAAGAGUAGUUAUUCCGUUGAGCUGGCUGAGAGAGAAACGGCAACUUAA